AUGAUGACCCCAUAUAGGGGUAGAGGCCGCGGUUAUGGCCGUGGUGGGAGAGGGAGUAACAAUAUGUUACCCCAACCAGAAUCAAACAUUCCUCUAAUAGGGGAUUGGACUACUGUCUACAAGGGUAGAAAAAUGCAGCAAUUACCUGCAUCUUCAGCAAAAAGGGAAGAUAUUGCUUCCUCUUCCUCUAAUAAAACUACAUCCUACAAGGAAGUUGCGGUUAAUAACCCACCUCAAGAACAAAUGGAUUAUUUUGAAAAUCCAGUAACUGAGAAAAUCAUGUAUAUUGAUGAUGAAGAUAUAAAGAUAAAUCCAAAUGAUGGAUGGUCUAUCAAAACUAGAUACCUCGAAUCAAGAGGAUAUCCAGGUCUUCAUGGAAAAUCUAGGCCCAACCUAGAAAUUCUCCUGACUGUUACCGAAUCGGUAACAAUUACUCACCAUUACCAAAACAAUAAUCCUGAAAGUUUUAUAAACUUCAGUAAAUGUCACAUUAACAAAAUUUUGUUACCAAGAGAAUGGGGUCUCAACCCAAAUGCUUAUUGCCUUUUCAGCAUUUGGGUUGAGACCCCAUUCUCUUGGUAA